CAAGGAUGUAAAUGUGGUUGAAUGUUUAUGACUGCCAUCCUUUUCCACCCUCAACAUGACUGCAGCAAUGCACCUCACUGUGCUGGUGUCCCUGUUUGCAGUGACUUUCUGUGAAGACACCCCCAUUUCCUCCUCAGCCAAACCGGUGACCGAGAUAACCACAAGUGCUGCUCACCACACAAGUUUGGCUGCAGAGAAGAAUAGUGCCAGUGUGGCAGCCACCACCAACACAGAACUGCCUCCUUCAACAACACUACAGAUUACCACUGCAGUCACUACACAAACAGAAUCCACAGCAUCACUGCAGACUUCUUCACAAACUCCCAACAGGACAGAGGAAACUCAUCCCAGUGUCACUUCUCCUCAGACAACCACAACCAACACCACGUCUAACGAGACAGUUUCCCACGAAGUGACACUCCCACCAGCAUCAGACUCAACAAACGUCACUGCAGCCUCCAAUGUAAACACAACCAGCCAAGGUCUUUCACCUGAAUGGACAAAAGCUGACUUGGAGAGAAAUCCUGGCCUCGUUGCCAUACUCUGCAUCUUCUGUAUUGUCCUUAUCCUUCUGCUAGUUGUUGUCAUCGUAAAAUGUACCAAAUCACAAAGAUCCAACUUCGAGAGGCUCGAAGACGUGCCGAUGAGCAAAGUGAACGAGGAGUCUCCGUUUGCCCAGUACUCAAAAUGACGGACACUUCACCAGACGUCCUGUCUGGUCUACAACUCUGAUGAUUCUGUGCAGAAAAACCCCCCAGAAAUGUUGUUUACACAAGGCCAUUUCUAUGUAUAUCUCAGGCUUGUUUCUUUACAAAGGCACUUUUUUCAAUGACAGUAGAGUAGUUUUGCUUUAGCUUUGACCUGCUUGUUUGGCUGCUUUUAAUUCUGCUGAUUGGAGCUGAAUCAUCUCUACAUUACACAUAAAUUGAAUGUUUUCUAUAUUGGUGAUGUAUUUCUUUGUAAGCACUUUGUAGAAUUCAUAAUUGCCCACUUACAAAAUGAUAUUACAAGAAUACAGUACAUGUGCCUUUUUGGGCAGUUAUUAUUAUUAUUAUUAUUAUUAUUAUUAUUGUUAUAGAUAACAAAACAUAAUUGUAACUGAAAUGAACAAUUACAUGUGAAAUAUUGUAUAUGUAUUGUCAUAUAUGAUGUAUAAAUAAUGUAUACCCUGGCCUGAGACAUCCAGAAGGUUAUAGUUGAAUCCUAAAAUAGUUUAGAUGAAGAAACCAACUCUUUGUGUUCAAUUUAAAAAGGAACAGUGAAAAUCACAAAUACAUUGAACUAUUUUGGGCUAAGUAAGAACACAAAGACUGCGAAUUUACCGAGAAAAGAGAUGGGGGGGGGGGGGAAGGAUUAAGGCGACAUGAGAGGACAGGCUAGAAAAAAUGUCAUCAAAUGUAAGUAUUGUAGUUUGGUUUGCUGAACUUGCAAAUUAAACUAGUGUAUCUGUGUUGGCUGUGAUUACAUCAAAGGCACAACGUGAUUUGACUCUGUAUAUCUCUUCACAUACAAUGUUGACAGAUGAAAUCCUUUACUGAACUUAAUGUGUCUAUUUAAGCUGCUCUUACUUAUUUAUUUAUAUAAACAUACACUAUAAUGACUGAGACAUUCAGCCUUCUCUCAAUCAGGGAUAAUAUUUUACACUUCUCUGUUUUACUUUUCUGGUAAGUAAUGUUGCCACAUGCUUACAUUCAGGGAUUGCACUAAAAUCAAACUUUAAAAAGUCCAGAGGAUCACCAUAUGACAGAGCCUUAAGUGCAUUAACACUCACUGUCAGAAUAUAAAAAGCACAUUAUUGUGAUUUCAACAAAAUAAAACAAAUACUCCUAAAA